AUGGCUCGUGGUUAUGCACGUAUUGUUCUUAUAUUCUUUGUGGUGAAUAUUUCAAACAACUUGGCAUUGCGAUAUGAUGUUUCCAUACCGCUGUUUAUCAUAUUUCGCUCGGGAACAUUGCUCGCAAAUGUGUUGCUGGGUUUUUGUUUGAGGAACAGAAUUUGUUCGUGGGGAAAGCUGUUGUCCAUAAUGUUCGUUAGUAUGGGUGUUGUACUUUUCACAUUGGCCGACCAAUUUUCGAAACAUCCCACUGUAGAAAAGGAUGGGGAGAGUGUACAGCCAUCAGCUAUUUUGUAUUCCAGUCCAGGAAUAUUUUUGCUAAUGUUUGCAGCGCUUUUGUCCGCUUAUCUAGGCAUAUGCCAAGAAGAUCUUUAUCGUACAUAUGGGAACCAUUCGCAAGAAGCAAUAUUUUUUAUUAUGGAUAUGUAUCUCGAAUGUACACACGCUUAUUUCGCUAACUACAUCGCUGAAUGUAGCAAUGAUUAUAACAUUAAGAAAAUUCUUGUCGAUGUUUGCACAGAAGAAAAAUGUGUAGACGCAUUUGCAUUAAGUUGGAACAAGUUUCAUACAAAUCUGAGUCAGCCGAAAAUACGAUCGAAAAUAUUGAAAGAGAAUCAAUAUUGGAAAAAUAGCUGCCUAGUACCGCCCAAUGUAUUGAUAUAG